CUGGGCGCUGGCCAAUGGCGUGAGAGCCCCGUCGAGAGUAAUGUUAGAGAGCUGAAGACUGAAGACACUGCGUAUCGCCUGUGUUCCCUCACAUACAGCCAUUGCAGAGCAUUGAGAUCCAGCGAUAGUCUCUAGAUACUGCAGUCAAGAUGGUGAAAGAGGAAGGAAAGCCCAGGGGCAAGAUGUCCUCUUAUGCCUAUUUUGUCCAGACCUGUCGGGAGGAGCACAAGAAGAAACACCCUGAAGCUUCGGUUAACUUUUCCGAGUUCUCCAAGAAGUGCUCUGAGCGAUGGAAGCCGUUGACUGCCAAGGAGAAAGGAAAGUUUGAGGACCUGGCCAAGCUGGACAAGGUGCGCUAUGAUAGAGAGAUGUUGAGCUAUGUUCCAGCCAGGGGAGGAGGCAAGAAGAAGAGAUUCAAGGACCCCAAUGCCCCCAAGAGACCCCCAUCUGCCUUCUUCGUCUUUUGCGCAGAGUUUCGUCCUAAGGUGAAAGGCGAGACCCCUGGUCUGACCAUUGGAGAUGUUGCCAAGAGGCUGGGUGAGAUGUGGAACGGUACCGCUUCAGAGGACAAGGUGCCCUUUGAGAAAAAGGCAGCUAAACUGAAGGAGAAGUAUGAGAAGGAAGUCGCUGCAUACCGCGCUAAGGGCAAAACGGGCAGCAGUGGCGCCGCACCAGCAGCAAAAGCCCCGGCCAAGGCAGAGAAGAAGAAGGAGGAUGACGAUGACGACGACGAUGAUGACGACGAGGAAGACUAUGAUGAUGAUGAUGACUAGUAGAUGGCGAGUGGCAUAUGUAGUGGUCGUUUUUUUGUUUAUAAAGCAUUUAACCCCCUUGUACACACUUCACUUACUGAAAGAAAUACGUUAGUAUCCAAGGGGUAGAAAAACAACAACAAAAAAGGCUGUGUAUAUCAGUUGUUUUUAUGCUGUACAGUUCUUUUCUCCUUUUUGUGUAGUUGACACUACACAAGUAUUGUGUCUGUAUCUUUCUGCCAGUCUUAUUUUUUCAGUGAUAGUCCCUAGACCACUAUCCUGCCUGGUACAGUGUAAAGGGGUGGGCUUACAGUAUUUACCCUAGCUAGCGGUGCACAGCACAUAAAAAAACGAGUUAGACCUGAGUGUUUCUUCUUUUUCUCCAUUUUCCUGUGUGUUUUUAUGUUCAAUGACAUGUUAUCAAAAUUGACGUAUCACAGUUGUUUUACUGAUCUUUAUGUACCACUGUAAUAGCAAGAGUAAAAAAAAUAAAUAAAAAAAAAUCUGCCUUGUUUAUUGUUGAAAUUUAAAUGGCUUCUGAUGUCAAUAAACAUUUUUUUUAAUAAA